AUGGAUGCGGUGGUGAGCAGCCAGCUGAACUUUGGAGACAUCCUGUUUCUCCACGUGCGAGGCGAAAAGCGCGAGCUGGAGAUCCAGAAGACGGACAAGAUUAUCGGGCUGACGAUCUCGGACAACGGGACCGGCAAGUGCUUUGUCAAGAAGAUUCGCCCGGGUUCGGCGGCUGACCUGGCGCGACCGGCCGUCGCCGAGGGGAUGCACAUCGAGCGCAUCAACGACGUCGACAUGGUCGGCAAGCGACACUACGAUGUGGCUCUCUUUUUGCGCGAGCUGCCCAUCGGAUCGACGGUCAAGCUGCGCCUGAUCUGCCCGUUCGAGAACGGCCUGACGAAGAUCAACCCGCGCCAGGAGGGGAUCUCGUCGCCGAAGAUUGGCGACAACGGCGCGAUGACGAUCCGCUUCAAGGCCAACGGCAGCGCCGUCGUCCAGCAGGUCGCCGAGCCAAACAAAGAGAAGGAAGGCGAAGUACCGGCCGAGAUCGUCGCCGCCAUCAACAAGCUGUUCGAGGAGUACAUUGGAUGCUCGGACGAAGAACUGUCGCGUAGCGUGUGCGAGGUGGCCGCCAUGUCGAACACGCCGGUCGAGAUGGUCACCAAGCUGCGCGAGACGGAACUCGCCUCAUUCUCCUUCCCCGACGAGCUGGUGUUCGACCUGUACGGCCUCUACUCGGACAUCAAAUCCGGACGCGGCAUUCCCGUGAAGCAA